AUGACGAAGCGAAAGGGAAAGAAUAGUCCCAAACAGGACGACAGUUUCCUGCUGUUGGAGCCCUCGGUGACAGAGUCGCGAGGACUUAGCGAAUAUGUUCUCCCUUGUAUUCUUUUUCUUCUGAUCGUCGUUGGAGUCUCCUCAGCCGGCUGGUUCUGCAGCCAGCAACAGCAAACCAUUGACAGUUUGUCGGAAACCCUCUCCUCAAUGCAGCUAAGAAUUACCAAGUUUCAGCAACAGCUGGGAAUUGAUAAUGCGCAACUUUCUGGUGCCAAAGGUAUUGAGGAGCGUCUGGUGGCCUUGGAGGAGGCCUAUGUGCAGGCUCAGAGGCAGGCAGAGGUGGCCAUUGCCACCUCAGAACAGGUAAAGGGCACUGACCUUAAAGGUCAGUUCUGGUCCAUCCAUUCAGAGAUGAACACUAAGCUGUCCGAGCUGCAGCAGAUCGCCAUCUCCACGGCAACCCUACAUGAUAUACUCAAGAACAAAAGCGAGGUGAUUGACGCCGUGAGGCAAAGUGUCAGCACCAUCCUGACUACUAACUCUGAGCUAGCACUUAGCAUCGAGGGUCUCACGAAAACUGUCACAACCACCAAGUCCCAACUUGAUGAGCAGAUCAUGGCUGUUGAUGAUUUGGCAUCGCAGCUGGAAGAACAGGGCAUGGAACUGUCUGGUUUGAAAGAAUCCUUCAUCCAUCACCAAGAAACUCUCGCCACAAAUACGCAGGAGGUCAUGGGUAUCAAGGAGCUACUGGAAACUGAGCAGACCAUGAGAGCCCAAGCUUUGGAAGACCAGCUUCAGUCUGUUCGCAGGAGUCUUGAUGAACAUCAUGACCAUGCCCAGAGUCUUCAUUCCCAGCUCGCUGCCCAGCUGGAAGCUGUCCACAGCCAGUUGGUGACUAAAAGUCCUCAAGCUGGCACUGAGGAGGAGGAUCAGGAUCAGGAAGUCACUGUUACAGAGGAGAUCCAGUCUCCACCAGAAGAGAUAGAUGCCUCUUCAGUUGAAACAGAGGAGAUGGUGAUAGAGACCCAGGAGGUAGAACAGGAGCUUGUGGAGGAAACAGAGAUUGGAGAACCAAUGGAAGAAGAAUUUAUAGAGGAUGCUUCAGAAAAUGUUGAAGAAAAUGAGCAGGAGCAGGAGUUUGAGAAGAUUACACAAGAACCGGUUGCGGAAGACGUGGAAGAAUUUGAAGAACAAGACGUUUUGUGA